AUGAGGAUCUCCAAGUUAUUGUGUUUUGGGGCCCUUUCCGGUGUUGCUCUCGCCUCUACCGGGAGUGGGAUCGCCAAAAGGUCGACAGUCAGUGAGAUUUUGACUGAUAUCGAAGAUGCUGCCACCUGUGCGGCAUGUGAGGCUCUUGCACACUUGGGUAACGAUGACUUUGUGGAUGUGAUCACGGAAGUUUGCAUUCUGGCUGGGGUUGAUGACGACGACGUCUGUGAGGGUGCAAUUGCCCGUGAAGGUCCAAUCUUGGCCCACGACUUGCGCUACAUGGAUGUUCCUUCGAAGACGGCGGUUCUCUUUUGUACCACCAUUUUCGGCCUGUGCGAUUAUCCAGCAGUGGCCGAAUAUACCGUGGAUUUUCCAUCUGCCAAACCGGCGAAUGCCUCGCGUCCGGCACCGAGCGGAGAGACUCCUCUGCAGAUUGUCCACAUCAGUGACAUCCACGUCGAUCUUUCGUACGAGACUGGCGCUAACUACAAUUGCACCAAGCCCAUCUGCUGCCGUCCCUAUACUUCCUCGGAUGACCCAGGUGUGACGGACUAUCCGGCAGGAGAGUAUGGCAACCACAACUGCGAUGCGCCCCUCACACUGGAAGAAAGCAUGUACUCGGCUAUCCAGGAGCUCGUCCCCAACGCCUCGUUCGUCAUAUUCACAGGCGAUAUCGUUGAAGGUGCCGUCUGGUUGGUCAACGAAACCGAAGUGACCAACGACCUGAACGACGCCUACAACUCCCGGAUGGCCGACUACUUCGACCUUGUCUACGGUGUCACCGGUAACCACGAUUGCGCCCCAGUGAACUCCUUCCCGCCAGCUGAUAUCGACACCACCAUCUCCAGCCAGUGGGCCUACGACACCCUCUCCUCUGACUGGAGCCAAUGGAUCGGAUCCACCGCCGCCAGCACGGCAGACGACUACGGCGCCUAUUCAGUCAAAUACUCCGGCGGAAACCUGCGCCUUAUCUCCUUCAACACCAACUUCUACUACAAAGAGAAUUUCUGGCUCUACGAGAACACCAUGGAAAAGGACCCUAGCGGCCAGCUCGCCUGGCUCGUGGACGAGCUCUUCGCAGCCGAGUCUGCCGGCGAACGCGUCUGGUUAAUGGGCCACAUGCCCAUGGGAUCCAGCGACACCUUCCACGACGCCUCUAACUACUUCAACCAGAUCAUCCAGCGCUACGACGCCACCAUCGCCGCCGUCUUCUACGGCCACACUCACAAAGACGAGUUUGAACUCGCCUACUCCAACUACACCGACCAGUCCGCAGACACCGCAUCAAUGAUGUCCUACAUCAUGCCCGCCAUGACCCCGACCUCUGGUAACCCUGCGUUCCGCGUCUACUCCGUCGACCCCGUCACUUUCGGAGUCCUCGAUUUCACCGAGUACAUCACCAACAUGUCCAGCUCUACCUAUCAGACAAAGCCAAGCUGGCAGAAAUACUACUCCGCUAAGGAGACAUACGGAUCGCUGCUUGACCCGCCCGUUACUGACAGCGCCGCUGAAUUGACCCCUGCUUUCUGGCACAAUGUCACUGUUUUGUUUGAAAACGAUGACUCCGUCUUCCAGGAUUAUUAUGCCCGCAAGAGCCGAGGCUGGGAUGUCUCUGAGUGUACGGGUGACUGUAAGACGGAUGAGAUCUGCCAGUUGCGUGCUGCUGAGUCACAGUAUAAUUGUGUGGAGAUUACCCCUGGGAUUAGCUUCAAAAAGCGCGAUACUACUGCUAGUGAGUCGAGCUCGACUACCAAGGAGAGUACUUGUGGUGAGUCGGUGGUGGGCCAGAUGUUUUCGAAUUUUGGUGAUGCUGUCGAAGCGCUGAUUAAGGCUGCGGAGGCGAAGCUGGGUUCUGGAUUCCUCAAUACUACGGUCAACGCAACUGUUUCUUAG